AUGGCGACGCGUCGCCUCCCGUCGUCCCUCCCGCUGCUGCUUCUCCUUGCGGCGGGAUCCCUCGCGGCGGCGGCGGCGGCGGCAAGCGCGCUUGGCGAAUCCCCCGAGACGGACACGGACAUGGUGCCGCGCUUCGGCCGGAUACUGCAGCAGCUGCCUCAGCCUCAACCCAUGCCGCAGCCGGACCCGAACCCACAGCCGCAGCCCGGGGUGAACCCGCCAGUGCCACAGCCCCUGCCGCAACCAAAUCCAAACCCGCCGCAACCGCUGCCGCAGCCACAGCCCGUGCCGCAGCCACAGCCCAUGCCGCAGCCGAACCCGCAGCCCGGGCUGAACCCACCCCAGCCACUGCCGCAGCCGCAGCCCGGGCCACAGCCAGACCCAACAGCCCCACAGCCGCAGCCCUUGCCGCAGCCGGACCCGACCCUGCCGCCCCAGCCCUUGCCGGGGCCGCAGCCGCAGCCGGACCCUGCCCUGCAGCAGCCGCAGCCAGGGACGACGACGCAGCCGGCUCCGAACGGCCAAAAUCCGCAGGCGCAGCCGGACCAGGUGCUCCCGAGCGGCGGGGGGUCCAGGAUGCUGGUGAACCUGCACAACUUGAUGUCCAUACUUCUUCCAAGUCUUGCCUAUCUGUUAAUGUAA